UAGGUUUGAAACCAGUUCGACCAGCAUAAUACCAGAUAUGACUGUUACAGAUCUGCUUCAGAAGAAUAUCAAAAGUUGGUUCCAGAUAAAUAGUACCGCUUCUGUCAUCCUGCCUAUAGCCUAGAAGCAUAAGAGGAAGGAGCAGGACCUUGAAGUUAAACAGUGGUUCUCUUGCAGUUACGCGAGACACUUACAACGAGCCGCCGUCGGUUUCGCGUUUUGUUAAAAGUGGCCUCGCCGAGCCGCCGUAGCAUUCAUAAACAUUGACAAGCAGCUGUUGCCUCGGUAUUAUGUUACAUAGCUCACGUGUGGUACUUUACUUCGUGCAGCAGAGUGGCGUAGAAGAGACUCGUUCGUAUCACUAAUAAGACAAUGCAGCCUGUUAUAAAAAUAAGUCCUGGGGCGUCCAAAUGGGACAUUCGUCAGAAAGUGUGGGACUACAUCGAGGAAAAUAACCUGGCCAACUUCCCGAGGCCUGUUCACAACAGGAUCCCAAAUUUCAAGGGGGCUUUCACAGCCUGUGCCAGGGUGUCUGAGCUGCAGGAGUUCACCCAGACACCUGAGGUGAAGGUGGAUCCUGAUAAACCUUUGGAGGGUGCCCGGCUGGCAGUGCUACAGGCACGGAAAUCUUUAUUGGUCCCAACUCCUCGUCUUCGUACUGGUCUUUUCAAUAAGAUUACUCCUCCCCAGGGGGCAAGCAAAGAACAGCUACGUAUAUGCUCUUCCUCUCAGGGAGUGAAAGACUUUAGUGUGCCUGUUGGGCUGGAUGCAAAAGUGAAGGUAGACCUGGUGGUGGUUGGCUCUGUGGCGGUGUCAGGGAAAGGCCUUCGCAUUGGAAAAGGAGAGGGCUUUGCUGACAUGGAGUAUGGCAUGAUGGCUUCAAUGCAAGCUGUGAAUGAGUCAACUGUGGUGGUUACUGUUGUCCAUGACUGCCAGGUGGUGGACAUUCCAGAGGAGCUAAUAGAAAACCAUGACCUGACUGUGGACUACAUCCUCACACCCACCAGAGUUAUUAAAACAAACUGUCAGUUACCCAAGCCACAGGGAAUCAUCUGGACUAAGCUCGACACAGAAAAGCUGCAGAAGAUUCCCAUCCUGAAGAAGCUGCGUGCUCUGGAGGAACAGGCUGGAAAGGAUGUAACACUGGGGGCGGUGCCUGCUGCAGCAAAACCUGGUGUGCAGACCAGUCAACCCAAAAGCCAAACCCGACGGAGGCCAAGGCAGAACAUGCAGCAGGAUGCUGAGGGAGAAUCCACACAGGACUCCAAACAGGAGAAAAGAGCAGAGGGAGAACAGAAAGCCAGGCUGCGCACAGCUAGAGUGAGGAAAGAAAGCAGAGGAGAUGGCAGGGAGGUUAAUGAGGGAGAAAUCGACGAGAAAAGAAAGGGAAAAAGUGGAGGGAACAUGCAGGAGAAGGGCCCAGAGGAAAGGGAAAGUGAAGUCAUGUCUAAACGUAAGCUCCCUCUGAGUGUGACCACAGUUUACCUGGGGGGAAUCCCUGCUGGGCUGCGUGUUAGCGAGCUGAAAACUGCCCUAAGAGAGAGGGAGGCCGCUCCGCUGAGGCUCACCUGGCAGGGAGCUCAACACAGGGCCUUCCUUGACUACAGUGACCCUCAGGCUGCAGAGCAGGCCCUGGAGGCCCUGCAGGGUCUCAAUCUGAAUGGUUACAGCCUGCAGGCUGAGCUGGCCAAGAGCCAACGGGGAGGCAAAAGGUCUGGACAGUCCAAUAGGAGACAGAGACCAUCAGCAUCAGCAUCACCAGUUAUCAAGGGUGACACAGCUGAAAAGACUGACCAGUAAUAGCAAUAGGCAAUACACAGCCCAAGAAAUAUUAAUUAUGGAGCAACCUUAGAUGCCUUAAGAAGACUUUUUAAAAAUAUUUACCUCUGCCAAGGAGAUUAUGUUUUCAACCCGUGUCUGUUUGUUGGUUUGUUUAUCUGUCAGCAGGACUACGCAAAUGAAUCGCCCCGAACUGAUUUGCACCAAACUAGUUGGUGGGAUGGGGCAUGGACCAGGGAAGAACCCACUUCAUUCGGGUGCUGAUCCAGGAAUUUUUUUUAACACUUCCCUUUACGGUGCGAGAUAGGGCGUUUUUCAACAUUUUCCUCAGUUUUUUGUACUGGCAGAGGUAUGCGCUCUACUGAGUGCCGUUCUAGUUUUUGAUUUAUUAUUGGAGGAUCUCAGUUAGAUGACUCAACAGCAAUAACUAAAAAUACUGCUGAAUCGCACCAUCAUAAAGCAUUUCACUAGAAAAAUAUUUUGUUAAUACCAUUUCACAAUACGCCUAUUUGGCCUGUUUAAUUCACACACACUUUAAGGUCUGCGUGUCCCGAGGGCCUUCAUCCCUUGAAGGUGCUUCUUUGAGUGAUUUUUAGGAAAUAGACUACAUUUUUUUUCUGUUUAAAACCACAGACUAUGUAGACAGUCUCUUCGUUGAACAUACCAGUGUUCGGUACAUUUUAUUUCCACAACCAGCGAUCAGUAUUACCUCCUCCAAGAAGGACAUGUUGUCAGACCUGCCUGCUUUUUAGUUAUCUCAAAAAACAUUUACCCGAGGCCAUGGGCGUAAGAACUGGUUAGUUUUUCUUUCAGGUAGCGCCACCAUGUGGCCAUUUACACAUAUUAUACAAUGCUGAUAAUUCCUGCCCCAUGAGGUAUGCUAGUAUAAUUGAAAAUUCAUGGGUCUAACGUUUAUGUAUCCAGAUAUGCCAUAAUGUUUGACCGCAAAGAUUUUCCACAAUUCUGAAUUUUUUGUUUUUGCUAAACACAUGUUCUGACCACUUCUCCUACAAAUCCCAUCCAAUCCUCACCAAAUCUGGUACAUUUGAACCAUUUUAUAAGCACUGUUGUUUUCUCUUCUGUUUCAUUGCCAAAUAGAUGUGGUCCAUUUGACAUAAAUUGCCAUAAAUCCUGGACUUAUUGUCCAGUUUCAACCAAAUUUUGAGAACUUGAACAUACUAGUAACACUUAAAACAAACUUCUAUUUUGAUAACAGACCACAGCAAUAUUAUGCAUUUAAAUAGCCAUUAUAUAAUUGUGACGAUCCUGAAACAGUUGAUUAUCAAUCGGUAUGCAGAUUAUAAACACUAAACCUAUUUUAUUUAAAAACACAUUUGGAGGAUUGUAUAGCCUUUUUGAAGCUCAGUCUUUCUCAGGCUUUCUUCUUGUUUUCUAUGCUUGCCUAGUUAUUUUUCAGUAUGGUGGAAGUAGACAAGCAGUGAUAUUUUGUGCCUUUUAUUGAUAACAAUGACUUAUUCAUAGCAUUCUGUAUGGCUAGAUUAGUUUGUGUAUGGUGCCAGCAUCACCAUUUAAUGAAUAAGAGAUGCCUGAAUGACCUGUUAAUAGUCUUUAUGCAUCUGUUUGUAUCACAGUGGACAGUAACAUUCUGUACUAAAGCGUUUGACUGUA